CUAAAACUGUUUAACACCAGUUGCAGAGGCAAACCACCGGUUAAAGAAAAUCAAAACCCUAAUAUCAGUUGCGUCGAAACAUUUGGUCUGAAUUAAAUACCGAACAUAUUAUUGUUGCUGAUAAUCGUCGUGCUAUCAAAGAGAUUGCUGCUACUGUUUGCUCAUAUAUUCUCGAAGUGAAUCAUUCGUUCUUCCUUAUUGUCUCAAUUCCAAACCUAUAAUUGUUGGUGAUAAUCUUCAUGCUGCCAAAGAAAUUGCAGCUACUACUUGCUCAUACAUUCUCGAGGUGAUUCCUCUAUUUAAAGUUGCUGCUUAUUCUCGGCUUGUAUAACAUGAUGAUAUGUACGUCCAUGAUGGAAAUUUAGUUCAGUACUUUCUCAGUUUGACUCUCGUGCAAUAACAAAGAGAAGGAAAAAAUGGUGGUUGCAUCAGGAAAUCCUUUUGCCAAGGAGAUGGCUAUACGGAAGAGAAUCUUGAACAUAUACAAUAAGAGAGAAGAAGACUUUUCCUCAUUAAGAGAAUACAAUGAUUAUCUAGAGGAUGUGGAGGACAUGACAACUAACUUGGUAGAGGGCAUAGAUGUAGCUGCUAUCGAAGCUAAAAUUGCCCAAUACAAGGAAGAAAAUGCUGAACAGAUAACUCUUUCUCAAGCUCGCAAGGCAGAGGAAUUAGCAGCAGCUCUGCAAGCAAGCAAAGGAGGAGUUGUCAUGCAGAGUGAUGCAACUGAUGGGGCCAUGAAUCAAAGCUCUCAAGGGUUUACUGGACAGGGGCAGUAUGUGCCAGCAGUCGCUGGGGCUAUGGGUCAACCUCGGCCAACAGGCAUGGCCCCACAACCUGUUCCAUUGGGUCAUGAUAUGCAUGGUUAUGCAGUUGAUGAUGAGGAAAUGAUGAGGCUCAGAGCAGAGAGAGGUGGAAGGGCCGGAGGAUGGAGUAUAGAACUAAGCAGGAAAAGGGCACUUGAGGAAGCCUUCAGUAGCAUUUGGGUAUGAUUUUUCUCCUUAAUUUGUUACCUGUGUGCAAGAUUUGCAAAUCUGUCUUUUGGCAAAGGAAAAGAAAGUAUGGAGUUGGUUGUUGAACUUGACAGUGUAAAGUCGAGUGUUUUUUCUCCUCUUUGGUGUUUGCUCUAGUAACGUAUCAGGGACAAAUACAGAUCAAGUCAACAAGGGUACACCAAAUCUUGAACUUUAGUUAUAGUUCAGUGUUUACUAUGUCUCUCAUGCAAAGCAUCUGAAAAGGGCGAUAUUUGUUACUAGUUUAUAUAUGGGCAUCUGAAGAUUUUGAGGUAUAUAAAGCUUCUCUGUCUGUCUCAUUCACAGAUGUUUAUGGUAUAUCCUUGUUAGAUUCUGAGAUGCCCUGACCUGUCAUGCUUCUGUUAGUUUAAGACAAUGGGGGUUUUCUUAGAUGCCAACCUUGUUGGGAUUUGUAUAAUUCGCAAAAUUAUGGUUUUUCGAGCAUAACUUAACUGUUGCAUUGACCUGA